UGUUGGCCACCGUCACACAAUGCUGGCCUCAGAUGAUGAUGUGCUGCCCCCUCCUGGUGACAUCCAGGUCCUGUUGCUGACAUUAGAUUCAGUGUCUCUGAGCUGGAGUUCUCCUCAGGGGCUGACAGGACCACAGACAUUCAGAGUGACCUGGGGGUGUGACGGGGAAACAAGGUCAACAAGAGUGAAAGGUGGGCAUCAUCUUGAAAUAAGCAGUCUCCAACCUGGUAAAAAGUACCAGUUCAACGUGGCUACAGAGGGAGAAGAUGGAAGCCAAAGCAGAUGUGUCUCAGCAUCCCUAUCCACAGUGGUCCCACCCAGAGAUUUCAAGAUAGACCAUUUGGAAGAGACCUCCUUCACUCUCCACUGGUCCAAGACUGAAGGGAUGGGGAAAGUCCCACAGCACUUCUUCAUAUCCAACUGCAUUCCAGGAACAGACCCCCUCGCAGCCAUUACUGACGACUGCCACAAAACCUUCUCAAACCUGCAACCCGGCACAGAGUACACUGUUAGUGUUGCAACUGUGCUGAGCAAUGGGGAACAGAGUGAACCUGUCUCUACAACAAUCUGCACUAGUAAGAGAUCUUCCCCCAAUUACAGCUCAUCAUCUCUUUACCAGAAACUACAGUGAUUUUGUUGCAUUACAAAUAACAUUUUUGUUU